UCUCUCGUCGCAUGAAUGAUCUUAUAACUUGCUAAUUUAAGAACUAAAAUUAGCGUUAAGCACCUACUUAUUUUAUGGAAACUAUUUUUAGUAUAUAUUUAGAUUUUACAUUGACUGGUUUAAUGCAGUCAUUGUUUCUUUUAGACUCGCGUUCAGAGAAGUUCAGAGAAAAUAAAUUCAGUGGAUAAGUAACUUUAAUAGAAAAUGAAUUUCGUUAAGACUUUCGUGAGAAAUAUGAGCCGGAAACAGUUGAAGAAUUGGGAGCCACUGAAAAAGGUUGGAAUUAUAGGAGUUCCAUUCGAAAAGGGCCAAAAAAAGUAUGGUGUGAGUGUAGCUCCCGCAGCCGUGAGAUCAGCUGGAUUGAUUGAUCAACUCAAAGAGAUACAUGGUUUAGAUAUUAAAGACUAUGGUGAUGUAGAGAUCCCCAAUCGCGAUGAACCAGUCGAUGUAGAGAACAUGUCACAUCUCCCACUCGUCUCGGCUGCUAACAAAAAUCUUUCGGUCAAAGUUUCUCAAGUUCUAAAAGAAGGGCGUGUGGCAGUCACCAUCGGAGGCGAUCAUUCUAUUGGAGUCGGUACCGUAGAUGGGCAUUAUAAAGUGAAUGAAGACAUGAUCCUCAUCUGGGUGGACGCUCAUGCAGACAUCAACACUAAUAAGACGUCAGAGUCUGGUUCAGUGCACGGCAUGCCUGUCGCGUUGUUGGUCAAAGAGUUGUCAGACUACUGGCCCUAUCUACCAACGAUGGAUUGGCAAGUGCCACAGUUUUCCAUCAAGAAUCUCGGUUACGUGGGUCUUAGAUCCGUGGAUGAAUACGAAAGGUUGGCAAUAGAAAAAUACGAUGUGCCAGCGUUCGCUAUGGAAGAUAUCGAAGAGUACGGUAUAAAGAAGUCUAUAAACCACAUUCUUCAAAAAUUGGAUCCAGAUGGGACGAAGCCAAUUCACGUAAGCUUCGAUAUUGACUCGUUGGAUUCAUUAGAGGCCCCUAGCACGGGGACUUCGGUUCGCGGCGGAUUGACAUUACGUGAAGCUAUCAAGUUGAUGGAGAUCAUCUACGCAACAGGCCGCCUUCGAGCAAUAGAUCUCGUAGAAAUCAACCCAGCUCUCGGGAACGACACUGACAGGAAGAGGACUAUCGAAGCUGGGUUGUGUAUUCUUAAAGCAGGCUUAGGGUUUUCUAGACGAGGGACUAUGCCGCGUGGCGUAUUGGAUUUACCUGUGCAGACUUUUCAUAAAUCUGACUGAAAAUAAUUAAUUAGGUAUUAAUAAAAAGUACUUCCAAUUACCGUGAAAUGACUACGAAUCUACGAAUAAAAUUUAUUAUUACCAA